AUAUUCUUCAUCUCAUCGAGCAUCUCAGUCAACGUCCGUCUGCAUCACGUGAUCUUGCUCAGUUCAUCUGUAAGAUGAAUCAUCUGAAGAACCUCACACUCUUCGGUCAGUAUCAUGAUGACUUCUACUCAACAGCAUCGUCGAUGGCAUCAAUUGCAAAGAUUGAGAUUCUUCAUCUCAAUGUGAAUGUUACUGAUCGUCGGUCUGCAUCACGUGAUCUCGCUCAGUUCAUCUGUAAGAUGAAUCAUCUGAAGAACCUCACACUCUACGGUCAGUAUCAUGAUGACUUCUACUCAACAUCAUUGUCCAUGGCAUCAACAGCAAAGAUUGAGAAUAUUCAUCUCAAAGAGAAUCUCAGUCAACGUCCGUCUGCAUCACGUGAUCUUGCUCAGUUCAUCUGUAAGAUGAAUCAUCUGAAGAAUCUCACACUCUCCGGUCAGUAUCAUGAUGACUUCUACUCAACAUCAUCGUCGAUGGCAUCAACCGCAAAGAUUGAGAUUCUUCAUUACAGUGAGAAUCUCAGUCAACGUCCGUCUGCAUCACGUGAUCUUGCUCAGUUCAUCUGUAAGAUGAAUCAUCUGAAGAACCUCGCACUCGACGGUCAGUAUCAUGAUGACUUCUACUCAACAGUAUCGUCGAUGGCAUCAACUGCAAAGGUUGAGAUUCUUCAUGUGAGCGAAAAUCUCAGUCAACGUCCGUCUGCAUCACGUGAUCUCGCUCAGUUCAUCUGUAAGAUGAAUCAUCUGAAGAACCUCACACUCUCCGGUCAGUAUCAUGAUGACUUCUACUCAACAUCAUUGUCGAUGGCAUCAACUGUAAAGAUUGAGAUUCUUCAUCUCAGAGAGAAUCUCAGUCAACGUCCAUCUGCAUCACGUGAUCUUGCUCAGUUAAUCUGUAAGAUGAAUCAUCUGAAGAAACUCACACUCUCCGGUCAGUAUCAUGAUGACUUCUACUCAACAUCAUCGUGGAUGGCAUCAACUGCAAAGGUAGAUAGGUUCAGAUAG